AUGUCAAGACGCAGCAGCCGUUUGCAAGCUAAGAAGCAGCAGCCGCCACUGUCAUGUCAAGAAGAGUCUCCGCAGGAACUGCAGGCAUCAGAACAUCUCCAGACCAGAAAAAGGAGAACAGCAGAGGAGAUUAAGAAAAGAGAAGAUGGGAAAAUUGCUAAAAAACAUCAAUAUGAAAUUAAGAGUUGUUGGCCGCCCACGAUAACAGGAGGCAUCUCGCCUUGCAUCAUUAUUGAAACGCCUCACAAAGAGUCAGUAACCACUGACUUCUCCAGGUUCAAAAAGUACCGGUUCAGAAACCUCUUCAUAAACCCAUCACCUCUGCCAGAACUCAACUGGGGAAAUUCCAAAGACGUCUGGCUCAACAUCUUGAAGAAGGAGAACAGAUAUGCUCAUUGCAAACAUUUCACAUCACUACAUUCCAGUUUGCAACCUCACAUGAGAUCAAUACUGUUAGACUGGCUCUUAGAGGUAUGUGAGGUGUAUGCGCUCCACAGGGAAACCUUCUACCUAGCUCAAGACUUUUUUGAUAGAUUCAUGUUGACACAGAAGAACAUUAACAAGAGCAUGCUUCAGCUCAUAGGAAUUACCUCAUUAUUCAUUGCCUCCAAACUUGAGGAAAUCUACGCUCCUAAAAUACAGGAAUUUGCUUAUGUCACUGAUGGUGCUUGCAGCGAAGAUGAUAUUGUCAGAAUGGAACUUAUUAUGUUAAAGGCUUUAAAAUGGGAACUCUGUCCAGUGACAAUUGUCUCUUGGCUGAACCUGUAUCUUCAAGUGGAUGCUCUGAAGGAUGUUCCAAAAGUGCUGCUACCUCAGUAUUCUCAGGAAAAAUUCAUUCAGAUAGCACAGCUGUUAGACCUGUGUAUUCUGGAUGUGAAUUCUUUGGACUUCCAGUACAGAACACUUGCUGCUGCAGCGCUCUGCCACUAUACCUCAAUUGAAGUCGUUAAGAAAGCUUCAGGCUUAGAUUGGGACAGCAUCUCAGAGUGUGUGGAAUGGAUGGUUCCCUUUGUGACUGUGGCAAAAAAAGCCCCUGUGAAGCCGAAGAACUUCAAGAAGGUUGCGGUAGAGGAUCGCCAUAACAUCCAAACACACACAAAUUACUUGGACAUGCUGGAAGAAGUCAACAGUGGCGUAGCAUCUACUGCCCCAGGUCAGUUAUCACCUGUGUCAACAGGAGGAAUAAUCACCCCUCCCAAAAGUACAGAGAAGAAAUGA